AUGGCUCCGACGGCAGUAAACGGCGACGGUGUCAAUGGGGUCACCCAGGUGAAUGGACAUAGUACUGGCACACAAUUGAAAGCCACGGCUCCAGCUUUCCAUCCGGCCGGUACUCCAGAUCGAACAAAGUACCACGCUUCUUCAUCCGAUGAGGCCAUCCACGCCGAACAUGAAUAUGCCGCCCACAACUACCACCCACUCCCUGUAGUGUUUGCCAGAGCACUGGGAACCACAGUAUGGGACCCAGAAGGCCGACAAUAUCUCGACUUCCUCUCUGCAUACUCUGCAGUCAACCAGGGUCAUUGCCACCCGGAACUCGUCAAAGCUCUCGUUGAGCAAGCCUCGACACUCACGUUGAGCUCGAGAGCCUUCUAUAACGAUGUCUUUCCCCGUUUCGCAGAAUUUGUCACAAAGUACUUCAACUUUGACAUGGUUUUGCCCAUGAACACCGGUGCGGAAGCCGUCGAGACUGCUAUCAAAAUUGCCAGAAAAUGGGGCUACAAAUGCAAAGGCAUUCCACAGAACGAAGCCCUUGUUCUCAGCGUUGCCGAGAAUUUCCAUGGACGAACUUUCUCAGCCAUAUCUAUGUCAACAGAUCCCGAGUCGCGUGACAACUACGGCCCUUACCUACCUGGCGUUGGAAGCGUCAACCCAGCUACGGGCAAGGUGAUCCCCUACAACGACAUCUCCGCUGUCCGAGAAGCGUUCGAGUCCAGUGGCGACAAGAUCGCUGGCUUCCUGGUAGAGCCAAUCCAGGGUGAAGCUGGUAUUGUCGUGCCCAGCGACAACUACCUAUCUGAAGUCAGAGCCUUGUGUGACAAGUACAACGUCCUCCUGAUUUGUGAUGAAAUUCAGACUGGUAUUGCUCGGACGGGCAAACUCCUGUGUCACGAGUGGGCUGGCAUCAAGCCGGACAUGGUUCUCCUUGGUAAAGCAAUCUCAGGAGGCAUGUACCCCGUUUCGUGUGUGCUUGGGCGCAAGGAUGUGAUGCUCACCAUUGAACCCGGCACGCACGGUUCGACGUAUGGUGGCAACCCACUGGGUUGUGCUGUUGCCAUUCGUGCGCUUGAGAUCAUUCGUGAAGAGAAGAUGAUCGAACGCGCCGAGAAGCUGGGUCAACUUUUCCGUGAUGGUCUACGAGACCUACAAUCGCCUUUAAUCACAACUAUUCGGGGAAAAGGUCUGCUCAAUGCAAUUGUCAUUGACGAGGAAAAGACAAAUGGACACAGUGCGUGGGAUCUGUGCAUGCUGAUGAAGGAGAAAGGUCUCUUGGCCAAACCGACACAUCAAAACAUUAUCCGUCUCGCACCACCUUUGGUCAUCACCGAAGAUGAGAUCAAGCAUGCUCUGGCUAUUAUCGGCGAAGCAGUUGUUGAAUUGCCGCACCUCAAGGGCGAGCUGGAGAAGAACAUCAUCCCACCCGAGGAGAAAAAUGUGAAGAUCACGGUGGAUAACUAA